GGCUCACCGUGUUAGUGUGUUGUUUUGUGUAGACUGGAUGCGACGUGUGUAUGAAAAAGUGAAGUAGUUAUAGUUAAAUCUGAAAAAUGCCGUCGAUAGACGUGUUAGCCCCCCCUCCGCCACCUCCACCGCCGCCACCGGCCCCGGAGGUGCAACAAGAAACUGAUACAACUCCAUCAACACAACCAAUCGUUGGGAUUAUUUAUCCACCUCCAGAGGUGAGAAAUAUUGUUGACAAAACUGCUAGCUUUGUUGCCAGAAACGGACCAGAAUUCGAAGCUAGGAUUAGGCAAAAUGAGAUUGGAAACCCCAAGUUUAAUUUUCUAAACUUUGGAGAUCCAUAUCAUGCAUACUACCAGCAUAAGGUCAAAGAUUUCAGAGAAGGUAGAGGUCAAGAGCCGAGCGGCCCCCCUACUGCUCCGAAGGCAUCCGCCCUAGCUCCGUCGCAGCAGCAGAAACAGCAGGAAAUCCUGAAGCAAAUUUCUGAGCAGCCCUUUAUUCCUAAGGAUCCACCACCAGAAUUUGAAUUCAUUGCAGACCCACCAUCAAUUUCAGCCCUGGACCUUGACAUCGUCAAGCUGACGGCCCAAUUUGUAGCCCGUAAUGGUCGGCAGUUCCUCACAAACCUGAUGAACCGUGAACAGCGUAACUACCAGUUCGACUUUUUGCGGCCACAACACUCACUCUUUCAGUAUUUCACAAAGCUGCUGGAACAGUACACAAAGGUGCUGAUCCCACCGAAGGAGCUGAUGUUUAAGCUCAAGGAGGAGAGCAGCUCGAUGAACGUGAUACUGGACAUGGUGAAGUAUCGAGCCGAGUGGAUCAAGUAUCAAGAAGCUCAGAGGCGCAAAGAGGAGGAGGAACUGGAGAAAGAGAGAGUCGCAUACGCCCAGAUAGAUUGGCACGACUUUGUGGUUGUCGAGACAGUGGACUAUCAGCCCUUCGAGGUCGGUAACUUCCCUCCACCUACGACGCCGGACGAGGUGGGGGCACGUGUUUUGAUGCAGGAACGUAUCGAGGAAGGUGAAGAUAUGGAGAUGCAGAUCGAAAGUGAGGGAGAGGGUGAAGGAGAGGACGGCAAGCGAGACGAUGACGACGAUGACGAGGACGAUGACGAGCGGGAGUCUGAAGAGGAGGAGCAGACGGAGCGCGAGCGUGACCGUGAGCGAGGCCGCGAGCGGCAGCGCGAGGACGACGACUCGGAAGCGAAGGAGGCCAAGGAUGACACCCAGGUGCGAGACAUGGAGGAGGACUCGAGCGACGAGGAGGAGAGUGCGACUCCGGCGCCGCAGAAGAAGCCUCCGCCGCCGCCCCCUUCGAUGCCGCCUCCUGCUCCCGGCAAGGAGCCCGUGCAGCAGCCACCCCCGCUGCCACCCAUUCCGGACAAGGUCAUCGUCAAGAAGGGCUACGAUCCCAAGCAAGCUGUGAAGGCCACGCGCCCACCUGCUCCGGACGAAGUCCUUAUUUCUCCCAUCACCGGUGAGAAGAUCCCGGCCAGCAAAGUGCAGGAGCACAUGCGCAUCGGGCUCCUGGACCCCCGCUGGGUGGAGCAGCGUGACCGCCAGAUACAGGACAAGCUCAACCAGGAGACUGUCUAUGCACCAGGUUCUGCAAUUGAGGCGAGCUUGAAGCAGCUAGCCGAGCGGCGAACUGAUAUAUUUGGUGUGGGUGAUGAAGAAACUGCCAUAGGAAAGAAGAUUGGUGAAGAAGACAAGAAGAAGGAAGAAAAGGUCACCUGGGACGGUCACACGUCCAGUGUGGAGGCCGCGACGAGAGCCGCUCGAGCUAAUAUCACGCUGGAGGAGCAGAUCCACCAGAUUCACAAAGUGAAGGGCCUGCUGCCGGACGAGGAGAAGGAGAAGAUAGGACCGAAGCCCGUGGCGGCCGGCCGCGGCGGCAGUACGCAGCAGCAGGUGCAGCAGCAACAACAGCAACAGCAGCAGCAGCAACAGCCGCCUGCUCCCCCGGGUCCGCCUCCGGGGAUGCGCUCCGGUCCGCAGAAUCCCCCCAUCCCCGGUGUGCCGAUGGGCAAACAACCUCCGGUCACGACGUCCGCACCUCCGCCGCCGAAGCCGCCGCCUCCGGUUCCCCCCGUGCAGCCUCCGCCUCCACCUCCGAGGCCGGCUGUGCCGCCCGUCCCGCCGAUGGCACCGGUCCCCCCGCCGCCCGGACUGCUGGCGCCGCAGCCGGGCAUGAUGAUGGUGCCCAUGAGCCGGCCGCCGAUCAUGGUACCAGCUCGGCCGCCAUUCCCGGUCGCCGCUCCAGCGCCACCGAUGCCGGGAUUUAUGCCGCCAGCACCUCAGAUGCCCCCACCUCCACAGGGCCCCCAGCCAGUCUCGUACCCACAGGUCGGCACGAAGCACCCUUCGGACGGCCCUUCGGAAGAUGAGCCGGCGGCGAAGAAGUCGAACCUGAGGACCGAGGAGUCGCUCCUCCCAGAGGAUUUGUUCCUGGCUCAGCACAAGAGCAAGGGACCGGUCACCUUCAAGGUAGCAGUUCCGAAUCUGACAGACAAACCCGAGUGGCGACUGCGCGGCCAAGUCCUGAACCUGACACUGCCGCUGACAGACACGGUGGCCGUGGUCAAGGCCAAGGUGCACGAGGAGACAGGCAUGCCGCCUGGCAAGCAGAAACUGCAUUGGGAGGGUCUGUUCUUCAAGGACUCAAACUCCUUGGCAUAUUACAAUAUUAUGCCUGGCACAAUAAUUGGAUUGCAACUCAAAGAACGUGGUGGUAGGCGCAAAUAGAUGGCUGAAGUUUCAUUAAGAUUGGACAGUGUGGAUUAAGAAUGCAGAAAUUCUUUUACACUCCAUGUAGUUGAAUCUGUAGGAUUCAAUGUAUAAGAUUGUAGUUUUUUCAUAAGAUUAAUUUUUCAUCAUUUAAAGAUAUUUGUUGCUAAUGAGUUUUUAUAAGACAUAGAAAUCACUAAGAAAACUGUACAGAUAUUAGUUUGUACUGUAUGUAGUUCAGGCACUGGUAAGUAAGUAAAUUACUGUGAUGUAUUCUCAGCUUGUAGGACUCCACAGUUCAUAAAGUUCUUAUAUUAGGAUUGAGAAAAAUUGAACGUGCAUGUCUUGUGUAUAGGUCCAGAAUUUCUGGGUACUGUCAAUAAUUAAGUUUUGAUUGUAAAAAAAUAUUUGCAUUUCCUUUGCUUGUUUCAAUAUGUGGUUAACUGGUAUGGUAUGAGCUAAAUAAUUCUAUGCUAAAAAUAUGUAUAACUUUCAAUACCAAAUAAAGGACUAUAGUUUCUGCCAA